GGGGAAUCCGGGGGGUUUUGGAGGGUCCGGUGUGGCCCUGUGACGGGCUGGUUUUGGAGUGAUUUUGGGGUGGUUUUCGGGUUGUUUUGGAGUGGUUUUGGGAUGGUUUGGGGGUGGUUUGGGAUGGUUUUGGGGUGUUGCGGGAGGUACUUGGGGUAUUGGGGGGAGCGGUGGGGUGUUUUUGGGGUGUAGGUCGGGCGUUCCGGGGUGCAGGUGGGAGUUUUGGGGUGUAGGAGGGGGUUUUAGGGUGCAGGUGGGUGCUGCGGAGCCGGGCGCUGCGCUGAGGGAGGGUGUCACUGGGUGUCACUGGGUGUCGCCGGUUGUCACCGGGUUGUGCGCACAGCCGUGUCACCCCCGCGCACCCCUUGUGCUCUGCCUGGACUCCCGGCGCUGCUGGCGGCGGUUCCUGGGGGCACUGGGGGUGUCGGGACACCCAGAGGCGCUGGGGACACUGAAAUGCGGACACUGGGGACACUGGGAGGGGGCAUUGGGGACACCGGGGUGAGGAUACGGGGACGCUGGGAUGGGAGCACUGGGACUGUCUGGAGAAAGGUACUGGGGACACUGGGGAGGGACACUGGGAGGGGACACUGGGACCACUCGGGACACGCGUCCCCGCUGUCCCCACUGUCCCCACGCCCGCCCAGGGCUGCCCUGUGUCCCCCCGGGCUCCGUGCCUCAGUUUCCCCCACUGAGCUCAGCCCCUCGCAGCCCGGGGGGGCGGGGGUGUCACCCCCAGCCCCGCGUCCCCUCCGGGCGCCUGUGACGAUGCCGGGGGUCCCCCUGCCCUUCGUCCUCCUCAUCCUCAUCCCCGGGGGGGCGGCUCCGUCCUUCCCACGGGACCUGGUGGCUCGAAGCACAGUGGGGCUGGCAGCCACCGCCGCCUACCCGCGCUUCGGUGGCCUCCGUGGGGACAACGCCACGGCCCAGCGCGGCCUGGACUUCCAGCACAUGCUGCGCAUCAACGGCACGCUCUUCGUGGCCGCCCGGGACCACAUCUUCGCCUUCGAGCUGGGGCAGGAGCGGGGGACGCUGCACCCGCAGCGGCACGUCACCUGGGAGCCGCGGGACAGGGACAACUGCGCCAUGCGGGGCCGGCGGCAGGACGAGUGUCACAACUACAUCCGGGUGCUGGUGCCCCGCGACGCCGGGACCCUCCUGGCCUGCGGCACCAAUGGCUUCAGCCCCCUCUGCCGCACCUACCAGGCGAGCAGCCUGGCGCAGGAGGGCGAGGAGCUGAGCGGCCAGGCCCGCUGCCCCUUCGACGCCAAGCAGAGCAUCGUCGCCCUGUUCGCCGACGGCAGCCUGUACUCAGCCACCGUGGCCGAUUUCCAGGCCAGCGACGCCGUCAUCUACCGCAGCCUGAGCCCCGGGCGGCCGCCCCUGCGCAGCCUCAAGUACAGUUCACGGUGGCUGCAGGAGCCCCACUUUGUGCAGGCGCUGCCCUACGGCCCCCACGUCUACUUCUUCUUCAGGGAGGUGGCAGUGGAGCUCAGCGCCCUGGGCAAGGUGUUGGUGGCGCGGGUGGCCCGCGUGUGCCGCAACGACCGCGGCGGGUCCCCACGGGUGCUGGAGCGGCGCUGGACGUCGUUCCUGAAGGUGCGGCUGCAGUGCGCCCUCCCCGGGGACACCGUCUUCUACUUCGAUGUCCUGGAGGCGGUGACACCCCCGUGCGCCCUGCACGGCCGCCCCGCCGUCCUCGCCCUCUUCGGCACCCAGCCCAACAGCAUCCCCGGCUCGGCCGUCUGCGCCUUCUACCUGGCGGACGUGGAGCGGGCGUUCGAGGGACCCUUCGCCGAGCCCCGUGGUGGCACCGGCACCUGGAUCCCAGUGCCUGAGGACAGGGUCCCCCACCCCAGGCCGGGCUGCUGUGCCGGGAUGGGGACGGCCAGUGGCGUUGUCACCUCCGGGGACUUCCCCGACGAGACGUUGGCAUUUGCCAAGGAGCACCCGCUGCUGCAUGGCGCCGUGGCACCCGCCGGCGGGCGGCCCCUCUUCACCCGCACCGGCACCAGGCUGACGCAGCUGGCGGUGGACGCGGGCGCGGGGCCGUGGGGGAACCGGACCGUGCUGUUCCUGGGCGCCGAGGACGGGCGGGUGCUGAAGGUGCUGGUGACCCCGCAACAGCCGGGGGACACCCGGCCCCCCACGGGCACCCCGGCGCCUGGGGACAGUGGGGACAGCGGGGACAGUGGGGACAGCGGUGCAGAGACGCUGCUGCUGGAGGAGAUCAGCCUGUAUGACCCCGGGCGGUGCCGGGGGGGCACCAGCCGGGUGCUGGGGCUGGAGCUGCACCCGCCGGGCCGGGAGCUCUUGGUCGCCUUCGCCGGCUGCCUCGUGCGUCUGCCCGUGAGCCGCUGCGCCCGGCACGGGGGCUGCCGCAGGAGCUGCCUGGCCACCCGUGACCCCUACUGCGUCUGGCUGCCCCCCAGGGGCUGUGUCCCCUUCUCCGAGGACCUCCCGAGCGGCUUCGAGCAGGAUGUGGAGGGAUCCCCUGGGACCACCGGGACCUGCCAAGACACACCUGCUGCAGGGGACAGUGACGGGGACUUGGCCCACGGGGUGCGCGGGGCCGGGCCAGCGGCCCCGGUGACGGUGGCGGUGCCGGUGCUGGUGGGCUGCGUGCUGGGCGCCUUCGCCCUGGGCGCCCUGCUCACCGGGCUCCUGGCCACCUGCUGCCACCGCCCCGCUGUCCCCAAGUGUCCCCCGCAGCCACCCGCAGCCCCGCAGCCCCCCGCCCCCCGCCUCUACCCGCUGCUGCCGCCCCAGGGGGACCCCGGGGCACUGCGGGACCCCCCCGAGCUGCCCACGCCCGAGGUCACCCCACCGCAGCGGGUGACAGAGCCCCGGCGUGGCCACCUCACCCGGCUGGGGUGCCCGGAGCCCCCUGGACCGGGUCCCCCCCAAAAAGCGGCACUGGAGGAGCUGCUGCAGCGGCUGCACGGCCCGGGGGGGUCAGGCUGGCCGGUCACCCCCCCAGCCACCAACCGGGUGCAACCGGGGGCCCCGUUCUCCGGUAACCCCCCGGCAGCCCCAUGUGGGACUCUGCGGCGCUUGGAUGUGCCCCCCGACAGCCCCCCCCCGCCCCGGCGGCCCCUGGCGCUCAGCCUGUCGCUAGGGGGGGCCCCCGCCAGGCCCCCCGGGCUGGGACGGGGACUGACCCGCAUGCACUCUCUGGGGGGGACAUGCACACCUGGGGGGACGCCCUGGGGUCCCCACCCCCUGGAGCGCUCCCUGUCCAUGAAACCCCCGGUGCUGCCCAAGCCCCCCAUGGUGCCAGGGGCCCCUGGGCGGCCCUGAGCGCCCCCCCUGGGGACAUGGGGACAACCUGGUCACCGGUGUGCAUGGGACACCCCUGCAGCUCUGGUUGACAGGGUCCCCACGUCCCCAGCUCUGUGCUCUGAGCCAGGAGGGGCCCCGUGUCCCCAGGGUGGCCCCACCGCAGUGACAAGAGUCUCUGUGUCCCCACACUCGGGUGACAAAGGUCCCUGCGUCCCCACCAUGGUAACAUGGGUCCCCAUGUCCCCAAGCUGCUCCCAUGGGUGACGAGGGUCCCUUGUGUCCCCAGCCCACCCCAUCUCCAGGGUGACAGGUUCCCCCAGCCCUGAGCCACCCCCAUGUCCCAGCCCGGCCUCGCAAGUGUCCCCAUGUCCCCAACUCCCAGGGCUUCUUUUUUUUGCUCCUUUCUAAUUUAUUCGCUGCUUUGGAGGGAGGCAGGGAGGGCAGGGGACACCCACAGCCCCUUGGGGACACCAGGGAGGGGACACGGUGGCUUCUCUGCGCCAGAGCUGGGUUUGUCCUACCAUGUAGGACCAGGCUCAGCCCCGUGAUUAAAGACGUGGUGGCUCUGG